AUGUCCUUCGCAUCGCUCCGUCGGCUGCGCCCAGACGAAGUGCCGGCUGUCCGCCGCGAUCCAGUCGAGCCCAAGGCGCGCGCGGCCGCGGAGCCCAUUGUGGAGGCGGUCCGCUCCGAGGGUGAACCAGCGCUGCGCCGCUUUGCCGAGCGCUUUGGCGAGCUCAGCCCGGGCGAUGCCCUGGUGUACCGGCGCGAGGUCGAGCUCAAGGCGGCGUGGGAGUCCAUCUCGCAGGAGGAGCGCAACUGCCUCGCGCGCACCGCCCAGCGGAUCCGCCACUUUGCUCGCUCGCAGCGCUCCUCCGCCUCGGAGAUCUCCGUGCCAAUCCCGGGAGGAGAGGCAGGGCACACGCUGGCGCCGGUGGAGAACGCGGGCUGCUACGCGCCCGGCGGACGGUACCCGCUGCCGUCGACAGUCCUGAUGACCGCCGUCACCGCACGGGUCGCCGGCUGCGCGCGCGUCUGCGUCGCCUCUCCGCGGCCGACAGCGGUGACGCUCGCCGCCGCCUACAUCGCCGAGGCAGACCAGCUGAUCCCGGUGGGAGGGGCGCAGGCGAUCGCGGCGCUGGCGUACGGCGCGGGCCCGAUCGGCGCGUGCGAUGCCGUCGUCGGACCGGGUAACAUGUACGUUACCGCCGCAAAGUCGCUCGUGUCUGGCCGCGUCGCGAUCGACAUGCUCGCGGGCGGGGAGAGGCCUGGGAGCCCGCUCACUGCUCUGCCCGUGGACAGGUGCGUCCGCAUCACGCCCGGCAAAAAGUCGCCCUCCAUCCUCCCGCUCGAGGACCCCGAGUACGUCGCCGUCUCCGUGAUGGUGCCCAACAAGGAGCUCGCCGAGCGCGUCGACGAGCUCAUCGCCAUCGGCGCCACCGACGUGAUGGUCUUCCAGAUCCAAAACUACCGCUGA